CUCCGGAGGCUGAACCGCACUGUGUGCGUCUGGGUUUACCAUUCAGAAAGCUCGGCGCUUGUGCCUGAGGAGAACUGGAAAUCCGCUAUUGGAAGAUGGGCUGUUGCUCCGGAAGAUGCAUGCUGGUCCUGCUGUGCUGCGUGCAGCUGAUUACCGCGGUGGAGCGGCAGGUGUUCGAUUUCCUGGGCUACCAGUGGGCUCCCAUCAUGGUCAACUUCUUCCAUAUCGUCGCGGUCAUCUUGGGACUUUUCGGGGCCAUCCAGUACCAGUCACGCUACGUCACCAUGUACCUGCUGUGGAUGUUUGUGUGGAUUGGCUGGAACGUCUUUGUGAGUUGUCUCUACCUGGAUUUGGGAGGCCUUUCGAAGGACAGCCACAUCCUCUCCCUGGGAAUUUCCUCACAUUCCUCCUGGUGGAAGAACAAUGGGCUGGGAUGUCAGAGCCAGAACCUGCCCUCUGACAGGUGGAACGAGCACCAGAACCCCCAGCUGGCCUCAGUGCCGAGCUGCUGGCUGCAGUACCAGUACCUGGAGGUUCUGCAGUGCGCCGCCCAGCUCCUUCUCUCCUGGGAGUCGUUUGUUCCUGUUAUGCUGUCAGCAGAUUUCCAGAGGAAGAAAGCUGUGGCGCAUAGACGUUUCUUCACCUCAAAUGGGUAAAAAGAAGAAGGUGCAUCACUUCUCUAGAAACGUUUCAUAGAAAAAAAAGAGGGCUGUGCUAAGUGCAGCAUUUUUUUUAUUGGACAUUUCAACAUUUCAUUUUUGUUGUAAAAAAAACUGCAUAAAAAUAUGUGGUUAACAAUAAAGUAAUAAUAAAAUUAAACAUGUUAUGCUUCUGUUUCUGUGUACUGUGGCUAACUUACAGAGAAUGAGCUGUAAAAAUUGCUAUAUGAAUUAAUAAAGUUGCAUCUUGCGUAUGACCGGUCCAAAAAAAGUUCCAACAGAAUAAAGUAUUUGUAAUGUGUUUGAAUCUCAACAUGUGGGUUAGAUUUUGGAGGGAGUGUUUUAAAUGUUUGCCCCAUUUUUUUUAGUUCACUAAAUGUACUGAUCGGGGAAAAGUGUUGUGAUUAUUUUUAAUGGACUUUUCAUUGUUUCUUCUUGCUGAUUUUGUUCUUUUAAUUAUUUUCUGCACCUCAAGACCUAAAGAAAGUGAAACCAGUCAACCUGGAGUAAAUGGUUUUUAUUUUGAGUUAUUUGUUGCUUAAAUUAAUAUUAAAUUUUGCACCGGUAACCUAAAUAUGAUUUAAUUGUCUUUAGUUUCAACUCCAUGGUUUUUAUUUGUGUCAUAAUAAAUCACCUGGAUUUCACAUUA